AUGCUAGCACAGGUGGAAAGUGAGAUUCACGAGGAGCGUGACUACAAUUGUGCAUUCUACGAGGCUGACACCACUGGGAAACGGGUUUUUUUGAGGAGCCAUGUGGUCAUGCACAUGGCUGGAAGCACGUACCGCCAGAGCAGCACUGACCAGUUUGCACUGUACAACACAGCACUGGGAGGCCGCCUGGGUACCCUGCAGGAGCACCUCAAGAAUGCCGGCAUCACGUCCCCCACCCUCCACGUAAGAUGCUUACAUCUUCUCCCAAAUCCCUCCCCUCACACUCCACUCUCCUCUCUGGCCUGCCACCUUCACUCUCAACCCCCAUCCCUCCCCGCACACUCCCCUCUCCUCUCUGGCCUGCCACCUUCACUCUCAUCCCCCAUCCCUCCCCUCCCACUCCCCUCUCCUCUUUGGCCUGCCACCUUCACUCUCAUCCCCCAUCCCUCCCCUCACACUCCCCUCUCCCCUCUGGCCUGCCACCUCCACUCUCAUCCCCCAUCCCUCCCCUCACACUCCACUCUCCUCUCUGGCCUGCCACCUUCACUCUCAUCCCCCAUCCCUCCCCUCACACUUCCCUCUCCUCUCUGGCCUGCCACCUUCACUCUCAUCCCCCAUCCCUCCCCUCACACUCCCCUCUCCUCUCUGGCCUGCCACCUUCACUCUCAUCCCCCAUCCCUCCCCUCACACUCCCCUCUCCUCUUUGGCCUGCCACCUUCACUCUCAUCCCCCAUCCCUCCCCGCACACUCCCCUCUCCUCUCUGGCCUGCCACCUUCACUCUCAUCCCCCAUCCCUCCCCUCACACUCCCCUCACCUCUUUGGCCUGCCACCUUCACUCUCAUCCCCCAUCCCUCCCCGCACACUCCCCUCUCCUCUCUGGCCUGCCACCUUCACUCUCAUCCCCCAUCCCUCCCCUCCCACUCCCCUCUCCUCUUUGGCCUGCCACCUUCACUCUAAUCCCCCAUCCCUCCCCUCACACUCCCCUCUCCUCUCUGGCCUGCCACCUCCACUCUCAUCCCCCAUCCCUCCCCUCACACUACCCUCUCCUCUCUGGCCUGCCACCUUCACUCUCAUCCCCCAUCCCUCCCCUCACACUCCCCUCUCCUCUCUGGCCUGCCACCUUCACUCUCAUCCCCCAUCCCUCCCCUCACACUCCCCUCUCCUCUCUGGCCUGCCACCUUCACUCUCAUCCCCCAUCCCUCCCCUCACACUCCCCUCUCCUCUUUGGCCUGCCACCUUCACUCUCAUCCCCCAUCCCUCCCCGCACACUCCCCUCUCCUCUCUGGCCUGCCACCUUCACUCUCAUCCCCCAUCCCUCCCCUCACACUCCCCUCUCCUCUCUGGCCUGCCACCUUCACUCUCAUCCCCCAUCCCUCCCCUCACACUCCCCUCUCCUCUCUGGCCUGCCACCUACUCUCAUCCCCCAUCCCUCCCCUCACACUCCACUCUCCUCUCUGGCCUGCCACUUCACUCUCAUUCCCCGUAUCUCCCCUCACACUCCCCUCUCCUCUCUGGCCUGUCACCAUCACACCCAUCUCCCCCUCCCGUCCCCCACACUUCGCACUCUGUUCUGGCCCCACCACCUAUAA